UUGAAUUCUUUACCCAUUGAAACAUUUUUGGACAAAAACGCAUAAAAAUGUAAUAAAACGAAGAAAAAUAAGCAAAGAAAAUAGAAUGGUCUAACAAAAGUUAUUAUGAGAAGUAAACAUAUUGAAACAAUGUGGCAAACCGUGAUUACCAAUGCUCUUCGAUCUCAUCUUUCUCUUGAUACUAUUUGCACUGAUAUAUUCAUACACGACCUCCCAAAACCAAUUCGCAGCAACAGCGUCCGCUAUCCGUCAGAUCUGGUCGGGCAGUUGCCGACUCUCCUGCCGACACAGCGAGCAUAGUGGACUCAGUGGCCUGAGUGGCUUACCUGGCCCUAACAUGGCUGUGAGGCAAAGCCCGACUCUGGGGCAAGGCCCGACUUUGGGGCAAGGCCCGAAUUUAGGACAAGGCUCAGGCUUACAAGGUCCCAGCUUACGACAAGGUCAGAUAACAGCUCGAGGCAGCGUUGCUGGGCCCAGUCGGGACUGCAACUGUGAAUCUUGCCCUUGUGCUUUGAUUGAACAUUUUCUCAGAACUUGUCGACCUGCAACAAACAUCUACACAGAGGUCAUCCAAUGCACAUCCAACUGUGUCACCUAUUUCUUACAAAUGGUUGAAGAUUUGUGCGAAUACCUUAUGAGAGUUUUUGAAUGCAAUAUCACUUGUCAGAGAAACGCUCAACUCUUAAGUACGAGAGAAUACUGCGAAUCAAAUGAAAACUUCAGCUUUGAGAGGGGGGAUAAAGAAAACCCUAUAGACAAAGUAAAAAGUGCCGUCAGGGAAAAAUCUGCCAUUUCUAAUCACAGCAAAAAACUGGACGGCGAUGUAGCUCCUGCAGGAAACGGAAAAAUGGAACCAACACAAGAAGGAACAAGUAAAGAUAAGAACAAAAUUAAUCUAGAUAACCCGGACGAUAAACUAAAAUUGAAAGAAAUGGCUGCUGAUUUUUCAAAGAAUCUAAAAGUGCCUGAUACUGCAACACAGGGCCCAGGAAGCUCAGAAGAAUCGAUGGCCGAAAAAGGAUUCUGCUCAAAGUGUAUUAAAAAAGGCAGGACCUGUUUGAAAGAGUGCCCAAGGGCUGAGAGGAAGGAUACUAAAAAAUAGUUAACGUCUAAUAGUAAUGAAAUUAAA